CAAGAUUUCACUGUGACAAAACAGAGGUGAUUGUGAAAAGAGAGGGAGAGAGGAAGUAAUGAAGAUCUGUGGCUUUUUGCUUCUUUUGAGUCUCCUCAGUCUGUGCCUUGAUGCUAACCCUGGGAUCAAAGUGAAGAUUACACAAAAAGGAUUGAAUUUUGGCAUGCAGCUUGGAACAGAAUUCUUGAAGCAAAGACUGAAGAACACAGUCUUUGAAGACUGGCAUGGACUUACAUGGACUUACAAUUACACAGUUUCAAAUAUAAGAAUCCAGCAUGUUGAAUUCCCUAGAAGGUCUGCAUUUCUCAUACCUGGAACUGGGAUUCACCUACAGGUUAAUGAGGCUUCAGCAAUUGUCACUGCAGACUGGAGAUUUACCAGCUGGGUGCUCAGAACUUCUGGAAAACUGAUUGUCUACAUUAGAGGGAUUAUUAUUUCUGCUAUUGCAACAGUAUCACAGGAUGAAGCCGGUCGGCCAACGCUGUUUCUUAAAACCUGCAGUGGAAGUGUUGAUAGUAUUGACAUCCAGCUGGAUGAGUCAUCUAGAUGGUUGUACAGAAUUUUUGCUAAUUUUAUGGAGAGGCCACUCCGCAAUAGCUUCAACUUAAAUUUAUGUCCGAGCAUUAAUUUGGAGAUCCAACGUUUUAAUGCAGAAUUGAAACAGCAUCAAAUCCAAACCCAGGUCAAUUCAUUUGCAGUAAUAGAUUACUCCUUGGUAAACCUUCCAUCUAUUUCCCACACAUCCUUUGAUUUGGAUUUUAAGGGGGCAGUCUACUCAAUAGUAAAUGAAACAGAGCCUUCUUUUGAGCCGGACUCUUUCAUUCUCCCGAUGGGUGAUUCUAUGCUUUAUAUAGGAGUCUCUGAAUAUUUCUUUCACUCUGCUUCACUGGCUUAUUAUACUUCAGGGGCAUUUGAAGUAUCUACUGAAAAGGAGCUUUCUGCCUACUUCAACUUUACUACAGAGACUUUCAACAGUAUCAUUCCCAUGGUUGCCUAUCUUCACAUUGGACUAUGUCCAGUAAUAAUGAAUCUAACAGUUACAGCUGCACCUGUGAUUAGUCUUCAAAAUGAUAGAUUUCUUCUUCAGUUUGUUGGCUCCAUGGAGGUGCUGAAAAUCCAACCAAAUUUCACAACUCAUUCCAUGUUCACCUUGAAUGUGACAGCCAGAACCCAUGUCAGCCUGACUAUAUUUGAAAAGAAUCUGAUACCUACUUUAUGUCUGGACAGUUUUGAUCUCUCCUUGGCCCACUCCAGUGUUGGUUUGUUCAAGGCUUCACUUUUGAAGAACUUCAUGUCUUAUAUUUUACAAAAAGGAGUAAUUCCCUCAAUCAAUGUCAAUCUCAAGGAUGGAAUUCCUCUCCCUAUCUUGGAUACAACGAUCCUUGUGAACCCUGUUGUUACAGUACACCAGGGCUACUUACUGAUUUCCACUGAUGUUAGAUUGAAGCCAGCAUAUAUUUGGGAACACAAUGAUCUGAAAGGCCUCGAAAAGAUGAGAACGCAGUGAUCAAUAAAACCUCAAGGCUACUUCAGUUCUGUUUUAAAGGGGAAGAUGCAACAGAAAAGAGAAUGGUUUAUUAAAAGAGGGUCAGAAAUAUAUAAGAGAUCAACUGGACACAAAAGCAGCCUUAAACUGGAAGAAGCAGCUAACCCAUGUUGCCUAUGACUUUUGACUUCUAUAUACAACCUGGAAUGAGGUUGACA